AUGAUCUGCACAAACCUCCUGAAUGAUAUCUUGGUGGCUAUCCUGUGUGGAAUCUUCCAAGACCUUUUUCUUCCUUCUCAGUCCAGAACAUAUUCUGAAACUGUUGGAUUGCAUAGUGCCAACCUUUUAUUAGCAUGGUGCAAUCUAAGAAGCCAGGUCCAUAUAUCAGGUGAUAUCCCGCGAGUAUCUUAUGAUGGCAGUUUAGACUAA